AUGGCGUCGGAACUAUCUGCGCUCGGGACUAUCUGCGCUCGGGACUAUCUGCGCUCGGGACUAUCUGCGCUCGGGACUAUCUGCGCUCGGGACUAUCUGCGCUCGGGACUAUCUGCGCUCGGGACUAUCUGCGCUCGGGACUAUCUGCGCUCGGGACUAUCUGCGCUCGGGACUAUCUGCGCUCGGGACUAUCUGCGCUCGGGACUAUCUGCGCUCGGGACUAUCUGCGCUCGGGACUAUCUGCGCUCGGGACUAUCUGCGCUCGGGACUAUCUGCGCUCGGGACUAUCUGCGCUCGGGACUAUCUGCGCUCGGGACUAUCUGCGCUCGGGACUAUCUGCGCUCGGGACUAUCUGCGCUCGGGACUAUCUACGCUCGGGACUAUCUACGCUCGGGACUAUCUACGCUCGGGACUAUCUACGCUCGGGACUAUCUACGCUCGGGACUAUCUGCGCUAUGA